UUCACAACGGAACAGCCAGCCUAGCGGAGGUCGAUUCAAACGUCACGGAUUCGAGAUGGCUGCGUACAAGUUGGUUCUGAUCCGUCAUGGAGAGAGCUGCUGGAACCAGGAGAACCGCUUCUGCGGAUGGUUCGACGCGGACCUCAGUGAAACCGGGGAGCAGGAGGCGAAGAGAGGAGGACAGGCGUUAAAAGGUGACCCGGUCUAUAUUGUUACACAGUAUAAUGUAUAUCUCUUUCGUUCUCUCGUAGGAUUAACACGGGGCAUGGAGGGCCAUGGAGAGUUUUGCUGACAGAUAGUAGGGCAGGCUAUUCCCGUUACGCAAGGCGCGGCUUGAGGAAACAGAUGAAGGAAAGGAGACGAGGAAACCACUUGAGACCUAAGAUGUACCCACAAGUAAAGAACCAUAUGUAUGCUGGCUAUGAGUUUGAUGUGUGCUACACCUCAGUCCUGAAGAGAGCCAUCCGGACUCUGUGGUUGGUCCUGGACGGGAUCGACCAGAUGUGGCUUCCUGUCCACCGCACCUGGCGCCUCAACGAGCGCCACUACGGAGGCCUGACGGGGCUCAACAAGGCAGAGACAGCGGAGAAGCACGGCGAGGCCCAGGUUAAGAUCUGGAGGAGGAGCUAUGACACCCCGCCUCCUCCCAUGGAGGAGGAGCACAACUUCUACAACAACAUCAGCCAGGACCGUCGCUAUGGGGACCUGACGGAGGAUCAGCUGCCGUCCUGUGAGAGCCUGAAGGACACUAUUGCCCGGGCGCUGCCCUUCUGGAACGAUGAAAUCGUGCCCCAAAUCAAGGACGGGAAGAGGGUUCUCAUCGCCGCCCACGGCAACAGUCUCAGAGGCAUUGUCAAGCACCUGGAGGGUAUGUCAGAGGAGGCCAUCAUGGAGCUCAACCUGCCUACAGGGAUCCCCAUCCUGUAUGAACUGGACAAGAACCUGAAGCCUGUAGGGCCAAUGCAGUUCCUGGGAGACGAGGAGACAGUGAAGAAGGCCAUGGAGGCUGUGGCUGCCCAGGGCAAGGCCAAGAAAUAGACACAGCGCCCCCGCGUGGUCAGGAGGCGUCGGUGUGGCUAGGACACGUUAUAAUGAUAAUCACUCACACAGCGUGACAUUACAUUAUCAUGUUUACACAUAGACAGAUAUGUGUAUAUAACACACACAUACACUUCAAACACACACAUCACAUUACACUAUAGGUGGAUUUGAUAGUUCUUUGCUUUCCUGCACAUUGAGAUGUCAGUAUUACACAGCCAAUAGGAAUCAGUAAUGCUGGAUUGUACGGAUCAUCAUAAUAUGAGUUGAUCAAGAUUGUUUGAGUUGACCAAAAACACAUAGGAUAGGGACCAGCUAAUAGGGUAUUUACAGUAUCCAAAAACACACAGGAUAGGGACCAGCUAAUAGAGUAUUUACAGUAUCCAAAAACACAGAAUCAGGACCAUCAUAUAUAUAUAUAUAGUAUUUAUCUAAAUGUGGAAAAUGAUAGAAAGUGCUUUCUACUGCCAUGUAGUUUUGCACUGAGUGAACAUGUAUGUAAACAUUGACGAGCACGUUUGAAAAAGGAAACAUUGAAUCUCAUUGUUAUUGUUGUAUCUCUACGGCAACAGUAUGUUAUCGUGGUUCUGGUGGUUAUUGUUAAAAGGGGCAGGCGGACUUGUUCUGUACUGUACUGCUGACCAUAGAAUUAGAAUGGGUAGAAUGGGCGUCCUCAUUCAGGAGAGGUUCUAUACCCCUUCCACUCAUUCUAAUUCCAUGUUGUUGACCUGUGCUUAGUGUUCUGUGUGGAAUAAAUAAAGAUUCAUCUUAUUAUUUAUGAGCUGUCUAA